ACCUUUUUUCUCAUUUAUAAGCAACGGUCUCUUCCAAACGCUGCAAUAUUCACAGCUAAAUUGAAGCAGAAACCAGGCAAAAACGUCUUAGUUUGUGUUGAUAUUCUGAUAUAAAAAAUGAAUAGCAGCAGCAAAGAAUCACAGCCCCAUUACCCCUCUAUCUCCCCUCCCACUGAAGAAGACACAAACCCUUUCCAUCAAACAAUCGCUCAAGAAAAACAGCCACAGAUGCAAUCUGCAGCUGCAUCAUCAUCAUCAUCACCAUCGCCUCCCCCUCCUCCACCAGCGUCUGAUCCGAAUUCUGAGAAGUGGGGGACUCAUAUCAUGGGAGUACCGGCUGUUCCAACAUGCCAUCCGGACAACAAGAAGGCAGCCUUGUGGGGUGCCGGUGACCAGGCUCAGUACCACCAUCACCCAUAUGUCCAAUACUCCCCUAUAGAAAAGUCAAGCAAUAGCCCCAUGGAAUCCAUUCUUCAAGUGUUCAACUCCUGGGGCCACAAAACUGAGACCUUGGCCAACAAUAUCUGGCACAAUUUGAGAACUGGAUCAUCUGUAUCUGGUACUGCCUGGGGGAAGAUGAACGUGCAAGCAAAAGCACUAACAGGAGGCGGAUUCGAAUCCCUUUACAAGCAAACAUUUGCGACUUUUCCAAAUGAGAAGCUGAAGAAGUCAUUCGCCUGCUAUUUGUCCACUUCAACCGGACCAGUUGCUGGGACUCUUUAUCUAUCCACUAUUCAUGUCGCUUUCUGCAGUGAUCGCCCCUUGUCCUUCACGGCACCUUCAGGCCAGGAAACCUGGAGCUAUUACAAGGUAAUGGUACCUUUGAGCAAAGUUGGCAUCAUCAACCCAGUGAUCAUGAGGGAGAAUCCGUCAGAGAAAUAUAUCCAGAUUGUUACAGUGGAUGGACAUGAUUUCUGGUACAUGGGUUUUGUUAAUUAUGAGAAAGCCUCCAAGCAUCUCUCUGAGAGUCUUUCCAAUUUUGUAGCAUCUGGGAUUGCUGUUCAACCUGCACCUGUUGCAUAAACAGAGGACUACAUUUACAGGAUUCUUCAUAUUUGAGAGUUUUUCUUUUUUUAUUUAAAUUUCAGUUGGAUUUCAUCAUCCGUUUCAGCUGUAUCGGACUUGUUCGCUUGUACUAUUUUUGUAAAAUAUAAUGAAACAUCUCUUAUUCUCA